AUGGCACCGCACAAGUCUUCACAAAAAAGCAUAGGAGAAAGACGUUCGCGAAGUCGAAGUAGAUCUUCUCAUAGAAGAAGAGAGGGGAGACGUCAGCGAAGUCGAAGUAGAUCUUCGCAUAGAAGAAGAGAAGAGAGACGUUCGCGAAGUCGAAGUUCACAUCGCUCACGGAAUUAUUGUCGCCACCGCAGAGACAAAAAGGACCGUUUCAGGUACGAGACGAGAGGGACAAGUCACGGCAAGGAAGAUGGAAGUCCUCAGAGGGCUCAUAGUACACCAAGUCCUUCAUUCAACAGCUCAACGAGUCGUGAGUCUGAUUUUGCCAAGUUGGCUGAAGUUUUGUCAGGUAUUGUCACUACAGGUUCCAAGCGAUCAAAUUAUAUUAAUGAAAGAAUAUUGCCUGAAUUUGAUCCGGAAAUAAAAAAUUUUUCUGCCAGAGAUUGGGUACAAAAGGUUGACAUGUGCGGGGAAAUGUACGACUGGGAUAAUAAAACAAAGUGA